UGUUACCAGUGCUUGGUGUUCAGUGAGGUUUGGACGUCGAAAUGGCACCGUUGUUGGAAUUGCCCUAUGAUAUACGUAAUGUUACGCCCGAGGAGGAUAAAAUUAUAAAGAAGUGCUUGAUUGGAUACACAAAACCCUUCGUAAAAUGCGGCAAAGCAGGCUACGUACUACCCGGCGCUUUCAAGAAGCAAGCAGAAGUGAUUUACAAUUUCCAAGUUAGGCCUGAUGAUAUUUGGGUCAUUACGUAUCCUAGAUCAGGAACAACCUGGACACAAGAAAUGGUUUGGUUACUGGAAAACGAUCUCGACUUCGAGUCAGCGAAGAGAACGCCUUUGUACGAGAGAUUUCCUAUGUUGGAAUUGACGACCCAAAUCCCAGAAGUGGCGUUUGAGCUAAUAAAAAUAAACUUCUUGAACCUAGCGCACUUUCAAGGGCUUAAUCACGGGGUCAAAUGCCCAAGUUGGAAAUCUCUAGAAAAAGCCCCAUCCCCACGGUUAAUAAAAACCCAUUUACCCCUUUCACUUCUACCCCCAAAUUUGUUAAAAACAGCCAAAGUGAUAUAUGUGGCCAGAGAUCCAAGGGAUUGUAUGGUCUCAGUGUAUUAUUUACACAAAAUGGUGGCUAAGAGUUUGAUGAGAGGAACCUUUUCGCAGUUCUGGGAGGCGUUUAGACGCGAUUUGUUACCAUGGAUGCCAAUAAUAUCUCACGCGAACGAGGCGUGGGAACAGCGGAACCAUCCGAACUUACACUUUAUGUUCUAUGAAGAUAUGUUACAGGAUCUACCAAAAAUGAUACACGGUGUGAGCGCGUUCCUCAAUCGCGACUAUACAGACGAACAGAUAAACAAACUCGCGGAACAUUUGACGUUUAGUAACUUGAAGAAGAACAAGAAUGUGAAUAACACAACUGGUGAUAGCGAAGUGCAGUUUAUUCGGAAAGGAGAAGCUGGCGGCUGGCGAACACACUUCGACGCGAAAAUGGAAUUACAAGCAGAAGAAUAUCUAAACGAUAGGUUAAGAGGUCUUACACUCAGGUACCCCACUUUCGAUACAGACGAAGAGUGGUCUAGACUGUAAGUUAUACUUAAGUUAUUAAGUAAGUAGCUUAGUAAUGUAUUAUUAGAUUAAGUAGGUUUAGUAAUUUAUUUUAGACGAAAUGUAGU